AUGAAGGAAGAAGAGCGGAGUAAGCAACGAGAGGAAUGGUUAGGGGCUGUACAAGAGCAGUCUCAGCUUGACACAUUAGCAUUUGGUGACCAGCUCGAGGUGGCGAAACAAGUAUUUGUACAGUGUCCAGUAAACUUCAAACUUCAGGGGAAUGCAGAAACACGGUUGGAAAAUAUUGGUUAUCGCGUUGGUUUGAUUUUAGUUGAGAAAAUUGCAAAGGAUUUACCAAGGUUCAAUAGCGAACUAGAUAAAAUGAAGUUUUUAUGCAAGGAAUUCUGGACAGUUUCAUUUGGUAAACAAGUGGACAAUUUGCGCACAAAUCACCAGGGUGUUUACGUCGUCCAAGACAAUCGCUUUUUUGCAUUGAUAAGUUUUGCUGAAGGGAAACAGUACGCAGAUAAAGCUUCGAUUUAUCUUGCUCUUCCUUGUGGAAUUAUUAGGUGGAGAUAUUUGAAGUUUUACUCAAUAUUAUGA